AUGGGCAUCCAGGUGUGUUAUUACGGGCCCGGCAAUUGCCAGAAUCCCAGUCAGAGUGAAUACGAAAGUGGAUGGGACAUUACGUUCAGUAACGGCAAUCAAAUGACAUUUGCCAUAACUGGCCGUCCAACGAGGCUAGAACCUUCCUCACCACUGGACCCAAUUCAAAUCGAAUCAGGUACCGCAUACCUGCUCAACAAGGAGCUGUCGUUCGAAGUGGACGUGGCAGCCUGCGGAUGCGGCAUGAAUUCGGCCCUGCGUUAUUUCAUCUCGAUGGAGAGCGAUGGCGGCCAGGCCAGUUUCGGCUACACGGGCGUCACUUACGGCACGGGCUAUUGCGAUGACUCCCAGCCGGCCGAGCUGGACAUUUGGGAGGCCAACAGUUUGACCAACGUCUACACGACUCAUUCGUGCCUCAACGGCCAGUGCGACCCGUACGGUGGCGCUUUCAACACCUGCGCCCGCGGGGCCAAGAGCUUCUACGGCCGCGGCACGGGCUACCAGCCGCUACCAGCUGGACAGCACCCAGCGGUUCACGGUUGUCACCCGAUUCGUCACCGUCGACGGGACGGAAAACGGCGAGCUCAGAGAGAUGCACAGCGCUUCUACGUCCAGGACGGCCGCACUACCCAGCAGCAGACGUUCGGCGGAUUCAACGGCCUGUCGGACGGAUUCUGCAACUUUUACGGCCAGUCAAACGGACAAGGCAGCGUCUCCUACGGAAUGUCGCAGGGCAUGAGGAGGGGCAUGGUCCUUUUCAUGUCCAUGUGGGGCAGUCCCAACGAUCCCAGCAGCAUGACGUGGAUGAACAACGAGCCCAACGGCCCCUGCCCGGUCUACUAG